AUGUUCGGCCGUUUGUUUCUCGUUGUUGCUACGUUUGCGCUCAUCCACGCUGCGUAUUCCACAUAUGAACACCUUUCUCGUCUAAAGGCCCUCAACAGACCCGAAGGGACGCUGCCACUGAACGCUGUCUAUGAGAGCGUAUUUGCCCUAAUUCUGGGUAUACUUGGUGCAGCACUUAAUGCGCCAACGUUGAAGGACAUAACAUGGGCGGGGGAAAUGAAGAAACGGACUAUUGACGAGAUGGAUACCCGACUAGGCUUUGCGAAUUACAAUACGAGAGCAAGACAUCUCUUGUAUCCUAACCCAAAGUCAUGA